AGGGAGUGCGGGAACCCGCCGUUUGAGCGGAGGCUAUGGCGGCACCUGCGCCGGCGGCCGCGGGCGAGGAUGCCCGGCGGCGGCAGCCGGAGGCCGCGCUGUACCCCCAGACCCCGGAGGGGACAAAAGUUGAGGCCGAGUCAGGGGAGCUCGACCGGCUUCGGGCUGAGCUGGCAGGCGCCCUGGCAGAAAUGGAAACCAUGAAGGCUGUGGCCGAGGUGAGCGAGAGCACGAAGGCCGAGGCUGUGGCUGCAGUGCAGCGGCAAUGCCAAGAGGAGGUGGCCUCGCUGCAAGCCAUCCUGAAAGACUCCAUCAGCAGCUAUGAAGCCCAGAUCACGUCUCUGAAGCAGGAGUGGCAGCAGCAGCAGCAGGACUGUGAGGAGAAGGAGCGGGAGCUGGAGCGCCUGAAGCAGCUGCUGUCCAGGGCUCACCCCCUGGACUCCUUGGAGAAGCAGAUGGAAAAGGCCCACGAGGACUCGGAGAAGCUGCGGGAGAUCGUGUUGCCCAUGGAGCAGGAGAUUGAGGAGCUGAAGGCGAAAUUGCUGAGGGCAGAGGAGCUGAUCCAAGAGAUCCAGAGACGUCCCCGGCAUCCCCCUUCCCUGCACGGCUCCGCGGAGUUGCUUCUGUCCCGGGACCCAUCUCCGCCACUGGAGCCUCUCGAGGACCUGAGUGGAGAUGGGGGUGCGGCGGCCGAGGCCUUCGCCCACAACUGUGAUGACAGCGCCUCCAUUUCCUCCUUCUCCCUCGGUGGUGGGGCCAGCGGCAGCGCCUCUCUGCCCCGCAGCCGCCAUGGCCUGAGCCCCGAGCAGGAGGAGACAGCCUCUCUGGUGUCCACGGGCACCCUGGUCCCUGAGGGCAUCUACCUGCCCCCUCCUGGUUACCAGCUCGUCCCAGACAACCAGUGGGAGCAGCUGCAGGUGGAGGGGCGGCAGCUGCAGAAGGACCUGGAGAGCAUCAGUCGGGAGCGGGACGAGCUGCAAGAGGGCCUGAGACGGAGUAAUGAGGACUGCGCCAAGCAGAUGCAGGUGCUCCUGGCCCAGGUCCAGAACUCAGAGCAGCUGCUGCGGACCCUGCAGGGGACCGUGAGCCAGGCCCAGGAGCGGGUUCAGCUGCAGAUGGCAGAGCUGGCUACCUCACACAAGUGCCUGAGCCACGAGGUAAAGCGACUGACUGAGGAAAACCAAGGGCUCCGGGCUGAGCAGCCACCGUCUUCAUCCCCCCGGGGCCUGGAGCAGGAUGAGGGCCAGGAGGAGUUGCUGCCCGGCUCGCUGCUGGAGCUGCGGCAGCUGGUGCGCCGCACGCAGCAGGAUGCGCGGGCCCACCAGCAGGCCCAGGAGCACGAGGCCGAACGGCUGCGGAUUGAGAUCGUGACCCUGCGGGAGGCGCUGGAGGAAGAGACGGCGGCGAGGGCCAGCCUGGAGGGGCAGCUGAGGGUGCAGCGGGAGGAGACAGAGGUGUUAGAGGCCUCCCUGUGCAGCCUGAGGAUGGAGAUGGAGCGGGUCCAGCAGGAGCAGAGCAAGGCCAGGCAGCAGGAAGUCCUGAGGCAGCCACCGGGCUCGGGCCGCACAGAAGAGGCCCAGCUCACAGACCUCCUCUCGGAACAGAGGGCAAAGAUGCUGCGGCUGCAGGCUGAGCUGGAGACCAGUGAGCAAGUGCAGAGGGAUUUCGUACGACUGUCCCAGGCCUUGCAGGUACGCCUGGAACGGAUCCGCCAGGCAGAGAGUCUGGAGCAAGUGCGCAGCAUCAUGGACGAGGCGCCCCUCAGGGACGUCGGGGACAUCAAGGACACCUGAGGGGCCAGCACCGCCCACCCUGGGGGGAGACCAUCUUUCUCCACUCCUGAACCGUGAGGCCGAGGCUUUGGGGGUCUCAGGAUGGAGUCUUCACUCUCUCCAAGCCUGGGGUUGAGGUGAUGGGGCCACCGCUGCCCUGUCCCUCCAGCGCCUCCUCCCAGGGGCGGCUGGGUCUUCUGCUUCCAAAGAUGACACCUGGGUGAGGGUCCCAAGCCCCUCUGGAAACCAGAGGGGCAGGCUCAGCCCUGUGGCUUUCUGGCUGCCAUGCUGCCUCCUGGGCUCCAAGCCUCCCGCCCCCGCCCCCACCCAGCCUAACAGCCAUGCCUGUUACCUCCGUCCCCUUCCCCAGGCACAGCCGAGCUGUGAGUGGUGGCCGGGAGCCCUGGGUCGUGUCCCCGGGUCCCUCCACACACACGCCCUGGGACAGGUGGCUGCUUCCUGGACUGCAUGACACUAAGAUGCUUGUCCCCAGGGGCCCGAACCAGGCCCCAAGGUGUGCACAGAGACAAGGCCAGAUUUUUCUGUCAUUUAUUUUCAAUAAAUAAGCAGCUCAGCUCAA